CCGUGUGAUGCGUCUGUAAGAGAAGGGAGGGAAAAGCAAACAAUUCAAAAUGGGAGACAAGGAUAGUGUGGAAAAGUACCUGGAGAACAAUCCCCAGUUCGCUAAAGAGUACUUUGAUAAAAAGUUGCGCCCCGAAUUAAUCUCGACAGCAUUCACAGAAAAUCUUGAGAUCAAAGAUCCGACUUCGUUCAAAGAUAUCUCCCAAAUUCAGGAGGCCAACCUCAUCUUUGACCUUGUCAAAGAAAUGCAAUCAGAAAUCGUUAUGGAAAAAGCAUUGCACAAGGUCCUGCAGAGAGUUUGCAUGAUUUUGAACGCCGACCGGUGCAGUUACUUUGAUCUUCGAUCUAGAAACGGAAUACCUGAGCUUACAACGAUGCUCUUCAAUGUCACCCCUAGCACCAAAUUUGAGGAGAACCUUGUCAACCCCACUGGUGAGAUUGUGUUUCCAAUCGAUAUGGGUGUAGUUGGAUACACAGCGCAUUCCAAAAAGAUGCAAAACAUUCCGGAUGUUACCAAGAAUAACCGCUUCAGUGACUUUGUGGACAAGCAGACAGGAUACAAAACCAAAAACAUGCUCACAUACCCCAUCAUGGCUGACAAAGAAUGCCUUGGUGUUGUAAUGGCACUAAACAAAAUUGGGGCCGAAGAAUUCUCAAAAGCCGACGAGGAACUCUGGAACAAGUACAUGGUCUUUGCACACGUCAUUGCCCUGCAGCAUCACACUGCAUAUAUGUUCAACGUGGAAUCCAGGAGGAGUCAGGUACUUCUGUGGUCUGCCAGCAAAGUGUUUGAAGAGUUGACAGACAUUGAGAGACAGUUCCACAAAGCUCUGUACACUGUGAGAAUCUACCUCAAUUGUGAAAGAUACUCUGUGGGCCUCUUGGACAUGACCAAAGAGAAGGAGUUCUACGAUGAGUGGCCAGUGAAGCUGGGAGACGUACCGCCAUACAGUGGACCAAAGACCCCCGACGGAAGGGAAGUCAUCUUCUACAAGAUUAUUGACUAUCUCUUAGAAGGACCCAAAGAGGAAAUCAAAGUCAUACCGGGACCUCCAAUUGACCACUGGGCCCUGGUCAGUGGGCUCCCCACCUAUGUUUCUGAGAAUGGCUUUAUUUGUAACAUGAUGAAUGUUGCCGCUGAUGACUACUUCACCUUCCAGAAAGAGGCUGUGGAUGAGUCAGGUUUCGUCAUCAAGAACGUCUUGUCCCUUCCCAUCGUCAACAAAAAGGAAGAAAUCGUGGGUAUUGCCACUUUCUUCAACAGGAAAGAUGGUAAACCAUUUGAUGAGCACGACGAACAGAUCACUGAGGCCCUCACUCAGUUCCUGGGAUGGUCGGUGCUCAACUGCGACACGUACGACAGACUGAACAGGAUGGAGUGGAGAAAGGACAUCGCCCAGGAGAUGCUCAUGUGUCAGAGCAGAUGCACUAACACUGAAAUGCAGAGUAUCCUGAACACAAAGGAGAAGUUUGAUGCCGAACCAGAGGACUGUGACCAGAAAGAGAUGUACAAGCUCUUGAGAUCGAACUGCCCCGUGGCCAUAGACGUAGACCUGCUGCUGUUCUCCUUCAGUGACUUCCCUGUGACAGAGCACGGCCUUAUCAUGUGUGGAAUUCGCUGCUUCUUUGAGCUGAAUGUGGUGGAGAAGUUCAAAGUGCCCGCAGAGACCCUGACCCGAUGGAUGUACACUGUCCGGAAAGGUUACCGUGACAUCACCUACCACAACUGGAGACACGGCUUCAAUGUGGGCCAGACCAUGUUCUGUCUUCUACAGACAGGCAGACUGAGGAAAUAUUACUCUGACCUGGAUGCCUUCGCCAUGGUGGCUGCUGCAUUCUGCCACGAUAUUGACCACAGGGGGACCAACAACUUAUACCAGACAAAGAGUGGAUCGCCUUUAGCCAAACUGCACGGAUCCUCCAUCAUGGAGAGGCACCAUCUGGAAUAUAGCAAGACGCUCAUGGCUGAGGAGAGCCUGAACAUUUUUGUGAAUCUCCAGAAGCGCCAGUUUGAGACUGUACAGCACUUGUUUGACGUCUGCAUCAUCGCCACUGAUCUGGCUUUAUACUUCAAAAAAAGAACAAUGUUCCAGAAUAUUGUGAACGCCACUGAGCCAAUGGAAACCGAGAAGGACAAAAUCGAGCACAUUUCCAACAACGCCAUCAGGAAGGAAAUUAUCAUGGCCAUGAUGAUGACAGGUUGUGACUUGUCUGCCAUCACCAAACCAUGGGAGGUCCAGAGCAAGGUGGCUCUAAUGGUCGCAGCUGAGUUCUGGGAGCAAGGUGACUUGGAAAGGUCUGUUCUCGAUCAGCAACCCAUUCCCAUGAUGGACAGAAACUGUGCAGCGGAGUUACCCAAGAUGCAGUGCGGUUUCAUUCAGUUUGUGUGUGCGUUCGUAUACAAGGAAUUCUCGAGGUUCCAUGUAGAGAUCACCCCAAUGUUUGAUGGGCUGAACAACAACCUAAAGAACUGGAAAGAGCUGGCCGACAUCCACGCCGCCAAGAUGGCGGCCAUUGAAGAAGAGAAAAAGAAGCUUGAAGCACCAGCAGUAGAGGAGGUAGCAGAGGUUGGAAAGUCCAAGACCUGCACCAUCGCCUAACCUCCUGGAUUGUGCCCCAGUCCCGGCCGUGUGGCAGAGGAUCCCUGGGCGCAGCAAGCAGUCAGUGGGGAGACCGUGUGAAGAUGUGUCCCUGUGUGGACUGACUUAAUCACUUCCCCUCAUUCUCAGGACUUGAUAAGCCAAUCCUGAUGGAUCGACACACUCAUCGCAGAUGUACCCGCAGCUCAUGCAUUACCAUAUCUUGACAGCGCACUUAAAGUAGAGCUUACCUUUCGCAGAUAACUAUAGGUACGACUUUAUCAACAACUAACAUAAUCCAAGUAAUGAAACAAACAUUACAUCUUAACAUCUGUCAAGUGGCAUAUACUGUAUUUAAUAUAUUUAGACAUGUAUUCUGUUCUGGGAAAUAUCUCCCUGGACAUUUGUAUCCAUACUCUGAUGAUCCAUAAAGAUAUUAGGGGGACAGUUCAGUGGGCAAACUUUUAUAACUGAGCUGUUUUAUUAGAACAGGAAAAACUCAAACUUCUCAAACUUGAAACUUGUUUUAGCAAAUGACAAUUGACUUUACCCGAGGGCUAAUAUAAUAGCAAUGCUCAAAAUGUGUACACACUCCUGAGCCUUGUGAGGUUGCAUUUAUGUUGAUAUGCAAAAGUAUAUAUUUUUUGAUUGUCAGAGAUUUUCUACUUCAUGUAUUUUACAAGUGGAGCUGAGUCAGUUCAAAGCCUAAGUCUUUAGAUUGUAUGAACUGAUAUGGUUCGAAGUCACAUUUGAGCAUCAGGUAUCCAUUGCAAACUUUGUGUUCAAUUUUAAACUGCACAUUUCCCCCAAUAACUUGAAAAUGUAAUAUAUAUGACGAUAAUAUAUUGGUGUGUCAUCAAUUGCAAUUCAAUCAUCUUUAAAAAGAAAAUUGAGAUGAUGCUACUGUAUCAUCUAUGUUUAUGCUCCAAAGAAAUGUAGUUCAUCGCAUAUAUGUAAAAUAUGUGAAAAUGAAACCUACAAUCCCCCCCUUCCCAAAUUGUUGUGCUUGCUAUUAGGAGGCAAUCCUUGGUAAGGCUCCACCAGCGUUGUAAAUAUCUCCAGGUACCUGACCAUAAGAUGAUUUGAUGGGAUUGAGUUUACUUGUCAGUCGGCUUUUGAGAUCUGCACAGCUUGAAACUUUAAAUACCCUACUUACUGUAGAUAAAGCAGGCUACCGAAGUCUUAUAUCUACUGUGUGUGAAAUGCACCAUGUUUGUUCGAUGGGGACAAGCCUGCAAUGUGGCCUCAGUCAGACCAAAGUUCCUCUUCUCUUUGUUUGACCAUUUGAGGCUUAUUUGAGGACCGGUGUAAAAAUGUAUUUAAGCAACAAUGAGAAAGUGAAUUGCAACGGGAUUUCCAUAAAGAAAACCUCCUUAGAAAUCCUGCCAAGCAAUCUCCUUUUGACCUACUGUAACAGGUGGCCAAGACAUCUGCGGAGACAUCCAUGAGUUGCCCUAAGCAGGAAACACAGGGCAGGCAAAGUUUGACUCCCUUGCUUAUGCAACGUGCCCUCAUUAAAUCAAUCAAGAGCAGUAAUCCAAUGAGGGUGGCUUUGACAGACACUCUUCAUCUUAAAUGGGUUCUCUGAAUUUCUGUUCCUAGAGGUGCUAGGCAGGGCAGGCUGCUUGGGUUUGGGCUCCACAAUGGGAUAAGGCGAACGGUAUGAGAAGCACUCUAUUCUGCGCGUACGUUUAAAGGACACAAAAUGUAUAUCUACUAAUUCUAUUGCGUUAUCAUUGAGAGAUUAGAAUUUGACAUUUGAUGUCUGAUGAAAGGAAUUCUACUGUAUGUACGUGUCAUGAGAUGUAACAUGAUAACAAAAUA